GACGUUUCUGUCUGAUUUCAUCGCUACUUCGUUUGUUUUGCCCAAUUUGGUACAUUGUUUUAUUAGAAACGGCAAGACUAUGGAAUUUCCUCCUUGUCCACCAACAUUAAAGCUUAUCCAGCAUUUCUUGAAGAUUGCACAAGAACAUGAUUCUCGUGAUAUUGUUGUUGCGUAUUGGGCGCGGCUGUAUGCGCUUCAAAUCGGAUUAAAAAUCUCAAAGCAGGAACCAGAUGAAACCAAACUACUAUUGGCAAUUAUGGAUUGGUUGGAGUCAACGAAGAAGGCGCAAUUAGAAAAUGAAUCUAUUACUAAUGAGGUGGCGGCACAAGCACAUUUGGAAAAUUAUGCCUUAAAGCUCUUUCUAUAUGCAGAUAAGCAGGACCGUGAAUCAAAUUUUGGAAAAAAUGUUGUGAAAGCAUUUUACUCCAGUGGUGUUAUUUACGAUAUACUACAGACGUUUGGCGAACUCUCUGAAGAGUCUAUAAACAAUCGCAAAUAUGCCAAAUGGAAGGCAGCAUACAUACACAAUUGCCUUAAAAACGGCGAAACUCCGAUGCCGGGUCCUUUGCCGGAUGAAAGCGAAGGGCAUGAUGACGAAGGUGGUGACGAAGCUACUGGUACAGCUGAUGGCGAAGGUGAUCCGGAAAUCACCGCCAUACCACAAGAUCCUCCAGCUGAUGAAGAUGCUGGCCCAACAUCAAUUCCAGAUCCGUCACCACCGCACAGCCCUCCACCUACUGCAGAUGAGGUCCUCAACAAUCCCAGCAAAUUGCCAAGCCCACCAGUAGAUGAAGAAAAACCUGGUGGCUUCGAGCCAUAUGUACCGCAAGCGCAACCUAAUCGAAUAUAUGUGCCUCCAACACCAGUUGCCGAUUUACAACUCACACCUGAACAAAUAAUGAAGGCGCAGAAAUACACGAAAUUCGCGGGCACAGCUCUCAAUUUUGACGACGUUAAAACGGCUAUAGAUAAUCUCCAAAAAGCAUUGAAGCUUUUAACUACGGGCGAAGAUAGUUAAAUGGUGAAGUGAAUGUACUAUCGGAAAGCUAUUAACUCUCAUAAAAUUAUUAACAAUUUAAAUUUAUACUAAUAUUAGAUUCAAUAAGAAAUAUAAUAUGUAAACUGAAAUAUAUUGCAAAGCUUUUAAACGUUAA